ACACGCACGCACACACACAGAGACAGCGCGAGAAGAAGACAUAACUCAGUCCGGUCCGAGUCACUUCACCUGUACCAGUCUCUCUCUCUCUCUGUCUCUCUCUCUGUCUGUGUCACAACUCUUGUCCCAACUCUUUCGUCGUCUCGCUGUCUGUCCUCGCGUGGACGUGGAGCCUCUGCUUGUCCGUGUGUCUGUGUGUCCACAGACAUCAUGUCGGAGCUUUCAGUGAACGAACACCUCGAAGGGAUUUUAUCAGAUUUUGAAGCUCUGAAGAGAUCCUUUGAUACAGAAGAUGUGGACGGCAUACCAUCCUCCUCGGCUUCCCCCAUCUCCACACCUGUUUCCCCUUCUUCCUCCCAUUUCUUCCUCAAUCACAACAAAGCCACUGAGGGGCAUGGAGGCGACGGGCAGUUAUCUUCAUUAGCUUUCAGCAACAACAACAACAACAGCCUGGGCUCUACAGCACACCACUCCUACAUAAGCCUGAGUUCCAAUCCCAGUCCAGUACUGAAAUCCCGUGCAGUAGUCAGCAGCCUGUCCUUUAACAGAGGUACAACAAACAAGCCAGCCAUCCACCAAAAUGGCUCCUCUGUGGCCAGAGCUUCAUCCUUCAAGAGCAGGUUGAAUCCCAGCAGUUACUCCAUGUUGUCUGGGCCUGGCAGUGACAAUGACAGCCUCCACAGCUCCACGUCCAGCCUGGAGUACUCUGGGGGUGCACUACCUCCUAAAAGGCUUGGGUCAUAUUCCAGUCCACCAUUUCAGGUGGAGUACCAGCAAACCCAGCCCCAACUCACACAGCGUCCAGGGGGAGAUGGCAACAUAAUAUUCGACCACAACCUGAAGAAGUUCUCUUCCCAUGGGAGUGUUUUUCACACUGAGAUGGACCCAGGGUCAGGGACGAUGUUCGGUAUUCCACAACCUCAGGGGAUGAACCAUGGGUCUAUGCCCAUCCUAGACCUCCAAAUUCGUGAUGGAGGAGGAAUAUUGGGAAUGAAAAGAGGAGGAGGCAGGGUAUCUCCAGGUUUGAGGUAUGCCAAUGCUAAUGCAAACUGGAAUGGUCAUCUUCAUAAUCACAAUCCCUUUCCGGGGGAAGCCUACCAGCAGCAGAGCCAGCAGCAAUGCCCCAAGGUCCUCAAGUCUCCCCAACUUAAGGUUAAAGAAACCCCACGUCUCAACAAGUUUCCUCUGGAUCUGGACAGCUUAGUAAGCAGCCCAGCAACAAGAUCUUCUCCCAAGCACCAAGGAGUGUCCAUGAAGCCCACUCCUCCUGUGCCUCCUCCAAGGAGCACGAGUGGUUUCCAGCACCACACCAGUCCAACACCCACUUCAGCCAGUCCAUCAGCCUCUCUCUGCAGCCUGGACAGUUCUUCUGACACCCUCCCACUUUCCCACCACAGUCCUUUUCUGCCUCUCUCCCCAUGUUCUCCAACACCUUCACAAAGAUCAAUCCCUAUCCCAGACAUGGGCUGCUCUCCUGUGCACCUUACUCAAAUCCAAAGCCCUCGCAUGGAGAUUCACCCAAGGGCCCAAACUGUCCAGAUGGUUCCCAGACUGCCUAGCCCAAACACCUCCUCAAGGCCCUCAAACUCCAGAGCUUUGGAGGACGGAGCAGGUGAUGCCAAAGACAGUGUUGGUUCAAUCUUACAGAGGAUUGCCUCGUUCUCUCGAGCUGUUGAUGCUGACGCCACAGAUGCAGCUGUGACCCAGAGUAAUGGUCAGUGGUCAUCUGCAGUUGGGCGUCCUGCUAUGACCAUACCCAUGGCCUCAAGGAAACAAGGCAAGAGUCUUCAAGAAACAGCUGCAGAGCCGGAGACAGAGCCCCUCGCCCUGAUGGAGGAGAGAGAGGAGGAGGAGAAGGAGAGGAGCAUCAUGGGACAAGAGCCAAAAGACGAGGGCAAGAGUGGAGAGCAGCCAAGAGAGGAGAACGUUGUGGAUGUGUGUGUGGUGGUCCAGGAGGAGGAGGAAGUGGAAAAUGGAGAGAUGAAGAAAGAAGAGCAGAUGAAGGUGGAGCUGGAGGCAGAGUUUUAUCAGUGUGUGCCAGGUCAGCAGGUGAGCUUCAUCCGAGGCAAGGACCUGUUCGGCUACGUGGGCAUCGAGGCAGUGCUGGAGCAGAUGAAGAGGAAGACGAUGAAGGCUGGCUUUGAGUUCAACAUCAUGGUGGUCGGUCAGAGCGGUUUGGGGAAGUCCACACUCAUCAACACUCUGUUCAAGUCCAAAGUCAGCCGGAGGUCUUGCAUGCCCAACCACACUGAGGAGAUCUCCAAGACAGUGAAGCUGCACUCAGUCAGCCACGUGAUCGAGGAGAACGGUGUGAAAAUGAAGCUGACAGUGAUUGACACGCCGGGAUUCGGAGACCAGAUCAAUAAUGAAAACUGCUGGGAGCCCAUAGUGAAGUAUGUCAACGAGCAGUAUGAGAAAUAUCUCAGAGAGGAGCUGCAUGUGAACCGUAAGAGGAGAAUACCAGACAGCAGAGUCCACUGCUGUGUCUACUUCCUUCCUGCCACUGGACACAGGUUACGUCCCAUAGAUGUUGAGUUCAUGAAGAGAUUGGGGAAGAUAGUGAGCAUUGUGCCCGUCAUUGCCAAAGCCGACACACUCACCAUCGAGGAGAGACAGGAGUUCAAAGAGAGGAUAAGGCAAGACCUGGCUGCCAAUGGGAUUCAAGUUUACCCUCAGAAAGAGUAUGAUGAAGAUCCAGAGGAGCACAUCAUCAAUAACCGGAUCAGGGAGAGCAUUCCCUUUGCUGUGGUGGGAACUGACAAGGAGCACCAGGUGAAUGGAAACAAGGUUCUGGGCCGAAAAACAAAGUGGGGAAUCAUUGAAGUUGAAAAUGUGGCACACUGUGAGUUUGCCAACCUCAGAGAUCUUCUCAUCAGGACUCACCUGCAGGACCUGAAAGAUGUGACCCACAACAUCCACUACGAGACGUACCGCAUACGACGGCUCAGCGAGAGCAGCGAGAGCAGCGGGACCUUCACUGAACUGGGACUGUUCGCCUGGCCGCUGGACAAAUGUGAAUCAGACAGCCAGCUGUGACCUGUCUGUCCACACGGAUGACUCAUGAUGAAUGAGGAGGAGAAACAUAAAACACGAGAUGGAGAAGUUUUUUAUUUUUUUAUCAUCGUGGGACCAACUAGUGGAUUUUGUUUUUUUAAUUGUAGACGUUCUAUUUGAGUUUUACACAACAAAUCAGUGUACCAGAUAUGAACAGAUAUGAACGUAUCUAUUUUCUGGAAUGAUGGUGACAUUUUGGGGACGAGGGAGUCCAGGCAGCAAGUGUGGUUGUAUGAGGAUCUAACACGCUGACUGUGCCCCCUGGGUGAGCCUUUAUUCAAGUGACUAAAAUCUGAUUUUCUAGGCACAGUGCAGUCAGCUGACUGAUGUGUCAGUGCCUCAUACAAUCAAAACACAAUUGUAACAAACAUUAGACAGUGGAAUAUGCUUUGGUUAAAUUGUUUUAAAGGGGUUUCAAAAGAAAACCCUGUCAUGUUUUCGAUGCAGGAGGAAAAGGCUUGAACCCACAAAGCAGCAUACAAAUCAUUCACAUCAUGUUGAGCCAGUAAUUGAACCCCUCCAAAAUAAAAGCAUGCUUCCGGCUGCUGUGCCGAGAACAGAGAGAAAGUCCUGGAAGAAUCAAGUGAAGCCACACACUGUGAUUGCUGUGCACCUGGUUUGAGCUGCUUUCACCACACAGUUGUGUUAAUGAUAUCACUGACUUUAGAGGAUACAAACGGACAGAUGUAGACGGUAGGACUGUGGAGGAUCCCACGUAUUGUACCACUCAUCCUGCUGAUUUCCAACAUUUGCUGUCUUCUCUUUGGUUCAGGUCUCCAUGUGCACACGUGCAUGGAUGAAACUGAAGAUGCUGCGUUUCACGCCCACGCUUGUUUGAAUAAAAACUUGUAGUCCCCAAUAAAGUGCCAAAACAACAGAGGAAUUAUUGAAGUGGUUACACUCGUACUCCUUUAAUACGUUAUACACAUAGAAAUGUUUUGAAGUUACACAGAAUAAAACACACGGUCUGAAAACA